GAGUAGAGGACGGCACCACAAAAGCCCAAAUGGAGGAAGGGCACUGAGCCCUUCAGGGGGCUGUGGGCAGCUCCGGAGGCUGGAGCUCAGCAGGGAGCGGGAGAGUGGGAGAGCGGGGAAAGAGGAAGGCGGGAGAAGAGCCGCCCUGUUAGCUCUGGGUGAACACCGCCCUUCCGGUCAUGUGGCUGCAAGGCGUCCCUGUGCCGGGAGCCACAGGACAGUGUGAGGGAGAGCCAGCCACCAGCCUGGCCCGCUCAGCUGCGCCAGCUUCUGUGUGGGCAGGAUUUGAGGAAGGACCCUGAGGCGGAGCCUGGCGGUCACUUUUUCCGCGGGAGAGCUGAGGGGCUGAGGAACUGAAACCCUCUUUUGAAAUGGGCCUAGAGCGCAGCAGGAGGUCCCUCACCCGGUGCCCAGGGGUAGGGCCUGUGCUGGUUACAGCGGGGCUGCCCUCGGGAGCCGGACCUCUCCCAGCGGAGACUUGCCUCCCUGCACAGGCAGAGGAGGUAUUUAUAGGACGAUUCUGGGGUCGCUGGGAGGCCCACCUCCCUCCUUCAAAUAUUUCCCUUUCUCCAUACCUACCAUGUUUCCCUGCCCCCCAAAUCAAGCGCUCCUGCCAACACAGAGGCCCCGCCAGCUGUGAUGGUGUCCAGCGAGCAGGGAGGGAGUGUGCGAAAGGUAGCUUCCGGGUCUGCAGGCAGGAGGAGAAGAUGAAGGAAGAUUGCGCACCCAGUUCUCACGUGCCCAUCAGCGACAGCAAAUCCAUUCUGAAGUCGGAGCUCUUAAACCUGCUGAAAACCUACAACUGCUACCAUGAGGGCAAGAGCUUUCAGCUGAGACACCGAGAGGAGGAAGGAGCUCUGGUCAUCGAGGGGCUCCUCAACAUCGCCUGGGGGCUGAGGCGGCCCAUCCGCCUCCAGAUGCAGGACGACCGGGAGCCGGCGCCUCUCAUCAGCCGCCUGGACGCCGGGCAGCCCAGCUGCCGCCUAAAGGAGCCGCUCCUGCAGGGUGGCACUGCCCAGCAGCCAGGCCCUCAGCCCUCUGAGCACAGGCCUGAGAGUGCCAGCGACAGCUCAGGGCCCCUGGAGGAGGACGAGGAGACCCCACAGCUGAUGCGCACCAAGAGCGACGCGGCCUGUGUGAUCCAGAGGAGGCCCAGGUGCCGCACCCCCGGCGAGACCCAGAGGACCCGGCGACACCGCUUCUCCAUCAACGGGCACUUUUACAACCACAAGACCUCCGUGUUUACGCCUGCGUAUGGGUCCGUGACCAACGUGAGGGUCAACAGCACCAUGACCACCCUGCAGGUGCUCAGCCUGCUGCUCAGCAAGUUCCGGGUGGAGAACGGCCCCAGUGAGUUCGCACUCUACGUUGUUCACGAGUCGGGCGAGCGGACAAAAUUAAAAGACUGUGAGUACCCGCUGAUUUCCAGAGUCCUGCACGGGCCCAGUGAGAAAAUUGCCAGGAUAUUCCUGAUGGAAGCCGACCUGGGCGAGGAGGUGCCCCAUGACGUUGCUCAGUACAUUAAGUUUGAAAUGCCGGUGCUGGACAGUUUUAUUGAAAAAUUAAAAGAAGAGGAGCAAAGAGAAAUAAUCAAACUGACCAUGAAGUUCCAAGCCCUGCGUCUGACGAUGCUGCAGCGCCUGGAGCAGCUGGUAGAGGCCAAGUAGCCAGCCAGAGCCCACCUCUCCCGAAGCCACCAGCAGCCAAUGCACACCCAGUGCCUGCGAGCGGGCCCUGACUGGCGUCCCCGCCUGAGGAAUCAGCACCUGUCUACCUGCCUAAGUACCACGAAUCCCACAUCCCUGGUUCUUAUCUCCAAGGUGAGCACUCGCAGGACCCAGACGCUGGCCUGAGUAGCAGAAACUUGGUGGUGGGGUUUCCUGCUGGUUCAGUGGGAGCUGCGUGAAAGGCUGCUCUGGGCGCUGAACAGCCCUGGCGCUGCCACCUGCCACUGGCUGGCCUGGCUAGUCCUGUUCACGCCACACCUCCUGCUUAGGAGAGCAGUGCCUACCCGCGCCCCGGGAGCUGGCUCAGCCCCGCAGGGCCCAGCCCCGUCCUCUGCGUCCACGUGAGCCACCUUGUGCUGCGCUCAGGAGCUCUGCCGGGAAGGCAGGGCUGCCUGCAGGGAUGGAAUGUGCCUACUCCCAGCACCACUUCACCGUGGCGUCCCGGGCUCCUGGCCUCCAAACAUCUGAUGUCGCUCCGUGAGCCUCACACAGCCCAGUGCGCCGGAGGCAGAGGCCGGACAGGAAUAAGACCGCAAGCACCUCUUCUCUCUGCAGCACUAACUCUAAACUUCCUCCGCAAGACCUGAAGGAAUUCUUAUAAGGAACUCACUGAGGAGGUGGCCCACAUGGCAUUGGAUGUACGACACCUUGUGGGAGAGUCCGGGGUCCAGGGGCUGUGGUCAGCAGCUCGAGAAGGCAGUGCCCAGGCCCCGCCACACUGUCCCUCUCUGGGCUGCAGCCUCCAUGCAAAGUACUUCCCUCAAAGGCGUGUGAUGAGGAGAAAGGGCUUUGAAUUCAUUGGGGCCAGACACUGAACCAUGUGGGUUGGUCAGCUGAUGGAGAAUUUCUGGAAGGAAUAAGAAGUCUUCUGCAAAACUAUGCAACAAUUUAUGUCAGUCGUGGUGUGUGUCAGCAAGCUAAAGACCAAAUUCUUUUCCCACUGCCGGUGGGGGGCAGACUUAAAGGGGAGAACCAGCGAGGCCUCCAAAUGCAGGCGGCGAGAUUCCCCCUCCGCCUCAGCAGCGGCUCCUCGGAGCGCCCACAGGAGCAGAGCUGGGGAGCAGCCAGGCUGCGCGGUUGGCUGUCUGCGCCCCUUGGCAGCGCGGUUUCCUAGGUGCUCAAUAAAGGUGUGCUCCACUGAGCUGGAGGAGGCAGCUCCACUGAGCUGGAGGAGGCAGGACCACGCCCUCCUUUCGCUUAUGUGUGUCACCUGACCCCCUGCUGUA